AAAUUCUGCGGGGUAGAGUGCAAUAUUAGUUAACUGCUAGUCAUGUUACCCAUAAUUAGAACCGUAUCUUUUCUGCAAGGUUAAACUAAACCCACACCUUCUUCAUAUCCCGAGGGUGUCCGCAUAGGAAUAAGGCUGACUGUAGUCUAGAUCUUUAGACUUAAUGAUACUUUUUCAAGUGUUUGUUGCAAGGCAACAAAGAUCUCAUGACGGAAUCGUGUAAAUUGUCCACCGCUGUGUCAACACAGCGCGCCUACACUGGAUUCACAAACCCCCGCGAAAUGACGCAAAGGGGGACCUUUUAUUCAUUAAGAUGGAACUCAGUAAGAGGAGUCAUUUGAACGCUACCUCCCUUCUUUUGUUAUAUGUUCCUUGGUAACUAAACUAGGCGUAUUAGUGUUAUCGAAUGAGACAAGUUAAUCCACGAUCAAUAUAAACGUCACAUAGCUCAAAGAUGACUUCUAUAUUUUACUUCGAAGCACCAUUAAAGAUAGAUGAUCUCAACGUUCUACUUUACAUUACAGCAAAAGGAAUCUGGGAAAAACAUCCAUACGUUUUCUGUUUUUAAAAAGUAUCGCAAUUAUUAUCUUUGUGCUUUAUUAUAUGGUUAUAAAAAAUCUUUGGCAGAGGCUUAAUGGAUAAAAAUGAUAAAGACAGUAGCCGCUUCCUAUAGCGAUUGACAAACUUUGUUGAAUAAACUGCAAUAAACGUGGUCUUGUGUAUACAAAUUUACAAUUAAUCAAGUGAUACUACAAAACAAUUUUCUUGUUAAAAAAGUUUAUUUGAAGUCUCUAUUCAAUAAAAAACGACGAACGUUUUUAACAACUAUUUGUAAAACAAAAAAGGCUUUACGCUUUUAGCUCAGACCGCUAACACUAAUUGGAAGGUGUCUAGCCCUUGAUACAAGAAGAUCGUUAUGAGAUGAAAAACGGGGCCAACAAGGUGAGAGUUUAAGUAAACAAUCAAUCGACGUUGUAAUUAAAAAGCUCCCUCUGUUUAAAUCAUCGCUGUGCUGUUUAACAAGAGUCAUUUUGGAUCUUCACCAGAAUAGAGAAGCACCGUUUUAUAGUGAGUAAAGCGCCAAAGAUAAGCAAGAUGUAUUUAGUUUUGGCUGCUGCGACAUAUCUGCUGCUGGUUUCUCCAACGCUCUCCCUCAUGUGCACCCAAAAGGAAGAAGUUAAUAUUCUCAAUGAGUGCGUCAAGAUCCUAAAGGAUGAGAUGGUUUUGUCUGAAAACAUGGCGGAUUACUGCAAAGCUUACCAAGACUGGGUGCAAUGUAUGGAAAGACCAGACAAUCUAUGGUGCGAUUCCUCCCCACUCAAGGGACUGAGAUAUUUCGUGUCAGAGAGAGUAGAGUUCGACAAGAAAACUGGAGUGUGCCAUGACACUGAUGCCUCUUUACUGGAAGCGGCUUCCUUAGAAUUAAAGAGGCCCGAAACAGACUUGAAGAGCGUGACAUUUGAGUCCGCUGAAGAGGCCAGAUGCGUGAAGUCACUGAACGAGAGGUGUGUCAACAAAAUGCGCGCGUACAUGAGGGAACACACCACAGGUGAUUGUGGCGCUAUAAACGAAUAUUUCCGCUGCUUCCUCAACAACUCCAUCAACUGCAACAGCUCCAAACCUCUGCAAAAAUACAAGAACAUGCUUCUUGAGAUUGGCAAAGAAGUCAAAAUGAGUUUCGAAACCUCCAGCAUCCUAAAAAAUCUGUGUCCUUGAACAGCAUAUAUUAGUGUGAUAUAUUAUAUAUCCAUGUAAUAUGGGUUUGAUGUAGAGUCCUGUGAAAUAAACGUGAAUUGAAAUCAA